UUUUGCAUUGUCUAUAUCUGUAAUCUGUAUGGAUCUUACAAUUCGUUCUUUUUUGUCCUUUCCACUCGCAGGGGGAGCCAUCAAUGAGAAGAGGCUUUCAGUAGCUACGCCUUGCUCGACGACGAAACACGCGACUCCGGGAACGUUUUUGUGUACAGCUACAGCGAGCAUCGCAACUGAUACGACUCCGUUUGAGCGCGAGAGCCAAAAACACAAUCUGUUAAGAGCUAUCCAAGAUACGCAACGUGGCCUUGUUGCAACCUCCGAUAAACGCUACUCUAUCGAGGAGGCUCUGGUGUGCGUGGAGGCAUACGACGCCGGUUCGCCCAUCGAUCUGGUGAAAUUAGACGGAACAUGGCGGUUGCAGUAUACUUCUGCUCCCGAUGUCCUCGUUCUACUGGAGUCCGCUGCAAGGAUUCCUUUCUUUCAGGUUGGGCAAAUCUACCAAACAUUUGAUUGCCGAGAUAACUCUGAUGGUGGAAUUGUCCAGAAUGUUGUCCGUUGGAGCAUUCCAAGCUUGCUAGAGGAGCAGGAAGGUGCAACCCUGCUUGUUUCUGCAAAAUUUUUUGUUGUUUCUAAGCGCAACAUUUACCUGCAGUUUGAAGAGGUAGCUAUUCAAAAUAUUAACAUCAGUGAGGAGCUACAAGCUGUGAUAGCUCCAGCAAUCCUACCACGAACUUUUCAGAGUCUUCAGAUUUUGCAGUUCAUCCGGGGAUUUAGAGCUCAAGUUCCCUUGAGAAGCUCGAAGAGGCAAUCGGUUGGAGGAUUGUAUUACCUUUCGUAUUUGGAUGGUAAUAUGCUUCUUGGCCGUGCUGUUGGAGGUGGAGGUGUAUUUGUGUUCACCAAAGCUCAACCUUUGACAUGAUCAAGCCACGAUUAGUUGCUGCCUUGGGGAGGUUGAUAUAUAGUGGGGUAUAGUGGGG